UGGCAACCAAUGACAGACCGUUGAAACUUCACGGCUGCUGAAUUGUGUGAUAGAAAAUAAUAAUUGACCCGUUUUAAAAUAAUAUUGUCAUGGCGUUGCCAUUUCUACCGGGUUAUUCUCCCAAUUCACGGCUGGGGAAGGAAAGAUUCCACAAAUCCCAACAUUUUAACUAUAACAACGGAGUCCCAUUGCUGGUGGGGUCUGAGAAGCCAGGCAUCGGAGGAGAGCCUCUGGUGGGCCAGAAGAUUAAACCAAAACAUUCUGUGUAUCCUAAAGGACAGGGCAGUAGCAUGCCAUCAUGGGUGGCCUUCGACAAAAAGACUCUGUGUUUUGAAGCGUACUUCCAGGAAAAUGUUACUGAUGCACAAAACGAGACCUACAGAAUCCGAAAGUGUAAGAUCUACUUCUACCUGGAAGACGACACCAUACAGGUGGUGGAGCCAGAGUUCAAGAACUGUGGCAUCCCUCAAGGAACUCUUAUUUGUCGCCACCGCAUCCCACUGCCUCCACCAAACAACGACCAGUUCUACAACGUUUACCAUUUCAACCUCAACCAACAGAUGGUGCUGUACUCUCGCACAUUCACUCUGACCAACUGUGACCCUUUCACCAGGAACUUUCUCACUAGACUCGGGGUGAUCUUGAAUGAUCCAGCCCCUGUACCUGAGGACCCCUACAGCAGCCUCCGGGAGCAGCUUGAUAAAAAUAUGAAUCCACUUCGACCCUACGAGAGAUGCGACACGCUGAAGCAGUUCCUGGACAAUGACCGCAAAGUCCUGCGCUUCUGCUGCUUGUGGGACGACACGGAGAGCGUCUUUGGUGACCCACGUGAGCUCGUACUGUACUACUUCCUGGCUGACGACACCAUUGAGAUCCACGAGGUGUUCUACCCAAACUCCGGAAGAGAUGCUUCGCCCAAAUUCCUACGCCGUGGCAAACUACCAAAGCGUCCUCCGGCCCAAAUGAAGCAGCCUGGAGAGAUCACAGAGCGCACAGUUCUCAAUGUGUUUGCCUCCAAGAAUCAGGGGGAACGCUACAUGCUGGACAACCUCCAAACAGGAGCCGUGCAUGAGGAGUUCUAUAAGGACCAUGACCUGGUUAUCGGUGGGGAGGUGAACGUGUGGGGCAGGAGAGUGAUCAUCACCGACUGUGACGACUUCACCAAAGACUACUAUCGCUCCAAUUACGGCAUCGAGGACUUCACCCCAGUGCAGUACAAAGCUCCCCCAGACCCGAUCCCUCAGAAGCCCCCCAGGCUUGUGCCCCCCUACAACGGCUUUGGCUCAGAGGAGGACUCGCUGAGCUCCUGCCAGGGCCUGCUACUCAGGCCCCCACGGAAAGAUUUCAACAAAUUUAUGGAAAAGGACAGUUGCGGCAUGGAGAGUAACGUGCUGAAUUUCCGAGCCAAGAUGGUGACCAGUGAUGCAGUCGACAGAGAGCGGGAGUUCAUCAUCUCCUUCUACCUGUGCGAUGACUCCAUCAGUGUGUUGGAACCUCCACAGCGGAACUCAGGUGUGCUCGGUGGUAAGUUUCUGGAGCGAGGCCGAGUGAAGAAGCCAGGCCAGGAGCUGUUUAAGAAGGAGCUGUCUGAGUACUUCACAGCUCAGGAUCUGUAUGUUGGAGCUAUCCUCUGCAUCAGCGGUAAAAACUUCCAGCUUGUGGCUGCUGAUGAAUACACCUUCAACUACAUGGAGAAGCAUGCCGAGGAGUUUCCCAAAGCCAACAUGGGCAGCAUCCUCAGCAAGCUACGGUCUGUCCCGGAGGAGAAGCAGAGUGAGAUCAGGAAGUUUGUGGCUCUCAGUGAUCCCACCAGCACUGGCUUCAUCGCAUAUGAGUCAUUCAGGAACCUGCUGAUGGAUCUGGACUGCGGUCUGUCGGAGCACGAGGUUCUGGUUCUGUGCCGACGUUUCUCCGAGCGCACGCAGCCCGACGUGGACGCGGGCCUGAUGCUAGCUGUAGCCCAGGACUUCCUCAGAAAGAAGCACUUUGAGGAGAUCCCUGACAUGGCCAGAGCAUUCACACACCGCGAUCGACACAACGCUGGCCGCCUCCCCACCAAAGAGACAAGGACCGUUUGUAAAGCCUUCCAGCUCCCCCUGCCAGAGAACCUGCUCGGAGGUCUGCUCAGCAAGUUUUCAGAUGGAGAUGAGAUUGACUAUCAUGCCUUCCUUGCUGGUAUUAACUGGAUAGAGAAUCCUGCUCCACCAGUGAUGCCCAGUGACGUCUUAAAGUUUUGUGUAAAUGUGGGGUUUGACGCCAACGGAGCUACAGUGAAAAAUGUCAACUACACCGCCCUUCUGCAGGACGUGUUCAGCUUUCCCUCCAACAACGCCGACCCAACAACCGCCACCUCAACAUAGACGCACAACAGGAGGUGACAACUGCUUAAUGUCACCACAAGCUCCUCCAUUAAAGAACAUGUUGCAUCGACUAACCGGCGUCUGUGAUUCCAUCCUGCUGGAGAUGAGUAAAGCCAUAGGGGAUGGGAUGUGUGUGAAUAAUCUGUAAGUUUGUUUUCUUCUUUUUGAAAAAUUUGGCAGUAAUGGUUCAACUAACACAAUCCAUUUUAGUGGAAAAUUGGUGCUUCAGGGGAGAAAUGUUUCGAGAACACAGAUGCUUUUUGAUGUGUGUGUUUAUAUGAGAUGGUGUGAAUCCAGCCAAGACAUCUAAAAAAAAACAUGACGCAUUAAAGCAGAACCACAUUCCAGCUCUGGCCAGACAUUGUAACUCUUCUCACACACGAAAUACACAACAGUGUUUGUCAUUCUGUUAAAGUGGCAACAUUCUGUCAUUGAGACACAGCUCACUUUUACACAGCUUCAUUCAGACAUCACGGUGAUGAAAAAGAGUCAACAUACUGCAUUCUAUUUGUCUUUACAUGCAAUAUUGGACAGACUAUUAUCAAAAUCACACAAAAAAACUAAACUAAGCUAAUAGCAAGAUCAUUAAACUGUCUAAAUACCUAAUAUCCAUGUUUAUGAUUUCCCAAACACUAAAAUUCUGUCCAUGUGUGAUUGUAAUUGAGCUGUUAUUUUUCCAGCAGUAAAACAAAAAUAACCCAACAGCUGUGAUCAAGCUCAGGACCGAGGACGGCCGCUAAGAAAAAAAUAAUAAUAUACCUGUAGUUAAUAAACUGUUACUCUGUGUGACAGCUCACCUGUCUGAGCUGAAGAAAAGUUCACAAUGUGACCUGCUGUUUGAUUCUGAUCCAUCCUGUCUCCUUGUCAUGGAUCAUCUAGAAUUCUUAGUAAUUAAUGAAGUCAUUGCUGUUGUACAUGAAUGUGUCAGAUCCACAUGUGGAUCCUGCUGUCAUCUGAAGCUGCAGAUAUUUACUGAACUCCUUUAAAAACUCAUACAAACGGCUGGAAGCAAGAAACUAAACAUCGGCUCCUGAUAGUCAAAACCUUGAUUACAUUCAUUUUUGGCGAAUCUCAUUAGUUUGACCUGUUAGAGCUUUAUUUUUAUGGAUUUGUCAGUUUAUAAUAGAUGUUGACCUGAAGGGCAAAGUUAAUAUUUUGUGAUUUUAAGCACACAAACAGUUUUUUGCUCUCUGUGAUGUUUUUAUGUCUAUAUUGGUGCUGAAAUGUAGAAAAGGCCUUCCCCAUAUAUUGCUUCACACAACUUUACUUCACUUCUGUCAGGGUGUUUAUUUACACAUGAUGCUGACAAAUGCAGAUGCUGUCAGAUUAACAGAAAACAGUGCAUGCCUGAAGGAGCUUUUGACCACAGGAUGUUGUACUCUCUUCCGGCACUACGAUGCAAGUCAGGGAUGUCAAACUCAUUUCAGUUCAGGGGCUACAUUCAGCCCAAAUUGAUCUCAAGUGGGCCGGACCAGUAAAAUCACAGCAUAAUAACUGAUAAAUAAAUAACCACAACUCCAAAUUUUUCCUUUGUUUUAGUGCAAAAAAAGUUCACAGUUAAGGAACUAUCUUAUUACAAAACAUUACGAACAGCUUGACAUUUCUUAAGAAAAAUAAAUUUAGCUUUAAGAAUAUUAUGCCUCAGUUUAGCACAUUACAACUUACAGAUCACAGUGUGUCUGCAAAGGCACAAAACAUUUAGUGACAGGUAUCUAUAUAAUAUUUUACUUUAUGAUCAAAAUGACAAGUCAGACAAAAAACAACAAAAACAAGACAAAAUAUUACAAAAAUGAGACACAAAAUAACAAAAACGAGACAUAAAAUGGCAAAAGCGAGAAACAAAAUGACAAAAAAUGUGACAAACGACAUGAAACAAAAGAAAAAAGAGACCAAAAAACUAGACAUAAAAGUUACAAAGCGACAAAAAAAUGGACAUGUGACAAAAAUGAGACAAAACAUGACACAAAUGACACAAAUGAGACAAAAAAUGACAAAAGCUAGAAACAAAAUGACAAAUAAAUAGACUGACAACACAAGCGAGACAAAAAAUACAAAACGACAAAUAAAGCAAAACGCAAAUUGACAAAAAUAAGACAAAAAACAAAAGCGAGACAAAAAGGAAACACAAAACGGCAAAAAAAAAACGAGAAACAAAAUGACAAAAACACGAGACAAAUGACAAAAGUCAGACAAACAAAGAAAAAACAACAAAAGCAAGACAAAUAUUACAAAAAUAAGACACAAAAUUACAAAAGAACAAUGAGCAAUAUCGUAUUUUACUUUAUGAUCAAAACAACUUGUCAUGGUCGAGAAAUUAUUUUAAAUUUAUAGUUUUACAAAUUUACAAUCUGCAGUUAAUGUCUUCUCUGUAAUUUUUACACUUUACAAAGUUGUCCCACGGGCCAGAUUGGACGCUCUGGCCAGCCGGUUUUGGCCCGCGGGCCGCAUGUUUGACACCCCUGCUCUAAGUUGAUAAAGAUUGCAAUUGCCACUGGGAUGAAUGUUAUACAUAUCCACAUACACGACCAUUCGAAAGUUUGGGGUCACCAAGACAAUUUCAUGUUUUCCAUGAAAGCUCACACUUUUAUUCAUGUGCUAACAUAACUGCAAAAGGGUUUUCUAAUCAUUAAUUAGCCUUUCAACACCAUUAGCUAACACAAUGUAGCAUUAGAACACAGGAGUGAUGGUUGCUGGAAAUGUUCCUCUGUACCCCUAUGGAGAUAUUCCAUUAAAAAUCAGCUGUUUCCAGCUAAAAUACAUACUGUAGUCAUUUACCACAUUAGCAGUGUCUAGACUGGAUUUCUGAUUCAUUUAAUGCCAUCCUCAUUGAAAAAAACUGCUUUUCUUUCAAAAAUAAGGACAUUUCUAAGUGACCCUAAACUUUUAAAUGGCAGUGUAGAUCCUGCUGCUGUCUGAUGCUGCACAUAUUUAUUAAACUCAGAGGAAAAACUCCUAAACAACUGGAACCAACAAACUGAACUUCAGCUCCUGUUAGCCAAAACCUGGAUUAUGUUGAUAAUUGGAGAGUCUCAUUAAUCUGACCUGUUACAGAUUGAAAUGUAGAAAAAGCCUUCCCAAAUUACUACACACAACUUGAAGUACAUCGCUUGUGCCUGGGUGUUUAUUCAGAUAUGAGGCCAACACGUUAACAGAAAACAGUGUUUGUCUGGAAGGAGCUUUUUGGAUACAGACUAUUUUUUACUUUCUUCAGGCAUUAUGAUGUAAGUUGAUAAAGUUUGAAAUUGGCGCUGGGAUGAAUGUUAUGUAUCCACAUAGAUGCUGCAGGUAUUUAAUAAACUCUGAGGAAAGACUCCUAAACAGCUGAAAGCAGCAAACUAACUUUGACUCCUGUUGAUGUUUGUCAAAACUUGGAUUACAUUCAUUAUUAGGGAUUCUUCUGACUCUGUGAUAAAUCACUUCUUUAUCAUUCUUUUAUUAUGGUCCGAGCACUGAAAGUGUAAGAAACUGUUAUGAUUCUGCUCCUGCUCCUGUUCCUUCUCCCUCUUUCUCCCUCUUUCUUUCUUCCUCCUUGAUUUUCUGCAUCUAUUUUGACCUGUCCCUUUGGCUCCCUCUGUCUGUCAUCUCUUUCCCUCUUGUCUCUCGUCCCUGUCUCUUGCUUUCCCUUCUCACCUGUCUACACUCACCUGAUUACUACACCUGACUCACAUUUCAGUAAUCAGCUCACCUGCCCGCAAGAUCUCCUGUUCACUAUUUAAACCCUGCUCAUUCAUUCACUCCCUGCCGGAUCAUCGACCCACAUACCCUCAAAGAAUCACAUCCCCCCCAGAGAUUUUGCUCCCCUUUUUGGGUCCUGUUUUCUCCACUGAACCCUGCUACCUCUCGACUGCCUCAGCCCCCAUGGAUUCUGCUCCUCUCCCCCUGGAUUCCCUGAGUUUGCUUCCCUGCCCCUUCCGUCUAGUUUUUCCCCUGAUUUGUGAGUACUCUGUUUAGUGUAGUUUUAGUGUUUGGGUUUUUUCCUUUAGACUUUGGUGUUGGAUUUGAUAGUUUUGUUUGGUUUUGCAUAUUUCAUAUGUAGCUAGAUUUGGUUUUCCCCUCAACCCUGGUUCCUGUUGUAUUGUCUUAGCUUGUUUGGUUAAAAUAAAGUCCUGGAUUCUCUGACCCCCCAUAACAGAAACGCUGUUUUGUGUCAACAUUGGUGCUGAAAUGUGGAAAAAGCCUUUCUUAAAUCACUUCCCACAACUUGAAUACAUGACUUGUGUGUGUGUUUACCUGUUAAUGUGACUGCAUGCAUUUCAAACUUGUGUUGCAGGUGAUAUGUAAGUGUUAUCAGGUCCAACUUAGUGAGGCUGUUUUGCCACUUUUACAGAAAAGUGAGCUGUUAUCUUUAUGUAGAUGUGCUGCUUUAUAAGUUGGUAACGGCUUAAAUUGCCACUGAUGUGAAUCAUAUAUGCAUUAUGUCGACCAUAUUCUGGUAAAAUGUACAGAUCAUCCAUACUGUCAAAGCAGAUGUACAUGGAAACAAAUGACUCCAAAUCUAGAAAGUGUUUCUCACAUCCCAAGGUGGAAAAAUAAAUGAUAAAACGAGUUA